AUGAAAUCUAUCUUGAAGGGUAACGGCCACAAAACGCUGCUCGUGAGGACCGCCUCUCCCUCGUCGUUUUCCUACAAGCCACUGGCCUCGGCUUCCAGGCUGGACCGGCGGAAACGCACUGCGGAGGGAACGGCGCGUCUCCUUUCCCGGCCACCUCCAAGGCCUGCUGCUGCGUCCCUUCCUCUGCUCCCCGAGCAGAAUCCUACACGGCACCCCUCACUCCUCUCGUCGCACCAGCAGCGCUGGAAACCGGGAGAGUCCUAUCAUCUGCCAUCUUUUCGUCUUCCCCUCUUUAAAACAGGAGCAGGGAUGGCGAAUCGGCGAACCGCAGCGACGGCAAAGCGGAGCUUCUUUGGAGAAGAUUGA